CCAACCUUACAGCUGACAGAUUGGAGGCCACUGCAAUACUGAGGAAAGGCAGUCAAGGGAAACCAAGAUGGAGGAAAAUGAAGGAAUACCCUUUGACCUGAGAAACAAAAGAGAAGGUGCAAUGAUGAAGAGUUUUUUCCUAGUUGUGAAUAUCGUUGCAUUAGCCUUGCCAUUUUUGCAGGGUGCAGAGGUGCAAAAUCAGGAACAACCAACUUGCUGUGAGAAUGAUGAAAGACUGUCCAAUCAGAAAACUGCCAAGUACAUCCCAUUUCAUUAUGUGCUAAAUAACUAUCCUCGCUAUGAACCCGCUUACUACGCACAUAGACCAGCUGUACCAAUUAAUCAUCAAUAUGUGCCUUAUCCAUAUUAUGCAAAACCAGUUGCAGUUAGGCCAUAUGCCCAAAUUCCUCAAUGGCAAGUCCUGCCAAAUGCCUACCUACCCACCGUGGUGCAUCGCCCGCACAUACAUCCAUCAUUUAUUGCCAUUCCCCCAAAGAAAAUUCAGGAUAAGACAGGCAUCCCUACCAUCAAUACCGUUGCUACUGCUGAGCCUACAUUUAUUCCUGCCACUGAACCACUGAACACUGUAGUCACUUCAGAUGCUUCCUCAGAAUUCACUAUCUCAAGCACACCUGAGGCUACCGCAGUUCCAGUAACUUCACCUGUGGUUUAAAAACUCUGAGGAAACA